AUGUUCUGGCGCCGUCAUUUUGGUGAGUCCACGCCAUUUCACCUGACUUCGGUCGCGCUGCAAGCUUCUGGUGGAAUUAAGAUGCUUCCCUUUGGAGUAAUUGCAAAAGGACCUAAGAUUAAGCGUGUGGCCACACCCACUUUGACUGCUGGAUCCCCGUCAUCUCAACCAGGUCCAAGUCCCAUCACUGGAGGAUCAGAUGAGUCCACGUACACACAACCCGCUGUGCAACAGCAAACUCAAUCGUCAGACACAGAAGAGCAUGGCUCCAAAUGGGCCAGAACGAGGCGUUCGACCAAUCCGUUUUCGCCACUUGAAAGCGAACAUAAUCUCUUCUUUAAACUGGCUGAUAUGCCAGGGAACGAGCAACUUCUGGCAGCAAGUAUUCGUCUCCGAUAUGUCCCCACAGAGGAUUGGAACCGGACAACCGUAAACACACAAUGUAGGGAUACGGCUCACCACGAGAAAUGGCCAGUCACCGUUUGGCUCCACUACAAUUCACCAGUCAAGUCAGACACAUAUGAAACUAAAACGAUUGGUUCGUUUGAACCGGACACUGAGUACUGUGGUCAGACCAGUGAUGAAUCAAACGGAAAACUGAUUCACUUUCCUGCCGGUUGGUUCAACAUUCCAUUGAAUGAAGUUAUCCUGGCAAUGCUACGGGAAGUCAGCAGCCGAAAUAACGGUUCAAACGGGGACCGCACAAACAACGAUGGACGUGUCAUAUCGAUGCGUGUGCGCAGCCUAGUAUCCGACUUACAUUUUCCAACCCACACAGAACAAGUUCUGCGGUUGAAGAAGCCGGAUAGCACGGGUGAAAAACAGUACCUUGAUACUCAGUGGCUGCAUGAAGCUCCUCAUCUGUUCACUUUCCACCGCGAUCCAGCGUUAGUCGAGCAUGUUAGACGAACCCGUCGAUCGGUUCCUUUGUCGCUCGAAACACCAGUGGAAUCUUCCACGAUCAAAUCAACCACGGAGAGCCUGAGGACCAAGGUGCAAGAUGGUGGCACAUUCAUGAAACGUUACAAAAAGCUUCAGCAACUGCUCCAAUCCAAACUCCAGAACACUGAUCGUAAACGACGUCCUCGAAGACGUGCCUACUACCAGCGCCGUCAAAGUCGAUCAAGUCACGAUCAGUGGCGAUCUUCUGCCAACACAUACCAAUAUCGUCAACAUAGUUCAGCCAACGGAUAUAGAGACCAGAGAGCGUACAACUCCAAACGGUACACGAAAGAAGAAUCCCGAGGGACGGGUAUGUCAAAAACCGCCGAGCAAUACGGAUAUGACUCAUCAGACGCGCUGAGUGUGGACAUGAACAGUCCGAACUACCUGGACAGCCUGUGUCAGCGUCGUGAGCUGAUUAUCGAUUUUGCAGCAGUUGGCUGGGCCGGAUGGGUUAUUGCCCCCACGUCGUACAAUGCUCGGUACUGUCAAGGUCAGUGUCCGUUUCCCCUGUCCACUCACUACAACACAACGAACCACGCAGUACUGCUACAACUGGUUCACCUGCUUGAUGCCGCCCGAAUUCCCGGGCCAUGCUGUGUUCCAAACCAGCUAUCUCCACAAUCACUGCUCUAUCACACACAGUCGGGUGACGUUGUCCUUCGUGUAUAUCAGGACAUGGUAGUGGAAAGUUGUGCAUGUCGGUGA